GGACGUGUUUCCUACGUGUCUUGUGCUAUCUCCAAGUUAUUUUGAGUUGACCGUGAAUGUUGUUAUCUAACCAUCCUUAAUUCCAUCUUCCUUGUGGCUUCCUUUGAAGAAAGUUUGAGUUACAAGUUAUUUAGCCGUAACGUGCGCCGUUGCGUUUGAUGAAUCGAUAGAGUCUUCUCUGUGGAAAUGUGAAUAAUUAUGUAUUACCGUCUAGAAGUAGUUCAACUAUUAUAUAAGCUGUUGAACUAAUCAUUGUUGAGAAUCACACAGAUUUUGUAGUGGGAAAUGAAAAUAAAAGGCAUUGUAAACCCUCACCAGAUGUGGGCUGUGGUGAGGUGAUGAUUUGCGUAAUCAGGGAAGAAAAGCUCUUUUCAUUAAUCCUGGACAUGUGAUGCGAGGUUGAGAUAUAAGUCGAAGUAUUUGAAUCCUUGCUCUGAAUCGAGGCAGAAUGAAACCACCCCAAAACGUGGUUCUUUGGUUUCUUUGCGUUCAGAGCCUUUGCAGACUCUCUCUUCAACAAUUCCCCCGUGCGUGUACCUCUCCAGAUGCACUCGCCAGCAAAGAGUGUUGCCCAGUUUGGCGUGGGGACAGUUCCCCGUGUGGGGUGAGGUCUGGAAGAGGUUCGUGUGAAGACGUGCUGCUGAUCUCCGCUCCUUAUGGAGCCCAGUUCCCGUUCGAGGGAGUGGAUGACCGGGAGAAGUGGCCGACGGUCUUUUACAACAGGACUUGCCGAUGCAACCAAAACUUCAUGGGCGUCCAUUGCGAGGACUGCAGGUUUGGCUUCGUCGGUGCCAAUUGCGCAGAGAAACGCAUGUCCAUCAGGAAAAAUAUAUUGGACCUGAGUGUCGAAGAGAAGGACCAGCUAAUUGCCUAUCUCAACCUCGCUAAAUACACCAUCAGUCAGACCUAUCAGAUCGCCACAGGGACUUAUGCCCAGAUGCGCAAUGGCUCAAGUCCCAUGUUCAGAGACGUGAGUGUGUAUGAUCUGUUUGUUUGGAUGCAUUACUACACGUCCAGAGACGCGCUGCUGGGUGCGUCCGGCCUUUGGACAGAUAUUAACUUUGCCCACGAAGGCCCAGCCUUCCUUACCUGGCACCGAGCCUUCAUGUUGCUGUGGGAAAACGAACUGAGGAAGACAGUGAACAAUUACAACUUCACCAUCCCUUACUGGGACUGGAGAGAUUCCGAAUCGUGCACCAUCUGCACUGACGAGUAUAUGGGAGGCCGCCAUACCACAAACCCCGACCUUCUCAGCUUGGCUUCUAUCUUUUCCGCAUGGCAGGUGAUUUGCACCAGAGAACAGGAUUACAACCGCCGUAGAGUUCUGUGCGAUGGCUCUCCUGAAGGACCCAUUCAGCGAAAUCCAGGGAACCAGGAUCGCCAGAGAACUCCAAGGAUUCCGAGCUCAUUAGAAGUGGAAUUUUGCUUAAGUCUCACCGAAUACGAAACUCCACCCUUUGAUAAGUUCUCCAAUUACAGCUUCCGGAAUACAUUGGAAGGUUUUGCCAAUCCAGAUGAUGGUAUAGCUAAUGUAUCACAGAGCAGCUUGCAUAAUGCCUUACACAUGUACAUGAAUGGUUCAAUGUCUCAAGUCGGUGGUUCUGCAAACGACCCCGUCUUUCUACUUCAUCAUGCUUUUAUUGACAGCAUCUAUGAACAAUGGCUACGGAGACACGAGCCUCUUCAGACGAGUUUCCCAGAGGCUAAUUCACCCAUUGGCCACAACCGUGAUGACUACAUGGUGCCUUUCAUUCCACUCUACAGAAAUGUUGAAUUCUUUGUUUCAUCGAGAAACCUUGGAUAUGAUUAUGAUUAUAUGAUUAUAUCAGUACCACCCUCAGUUAUAGAAAUUAUGUCCUCCUACUUUCAAGAAGCCAGGCAAAUUUGGCCUUGGCUGUUAAGUGCUGGAGUGAUUGGAUGUUUGAUGACUACACUGUUAAACUGCAUCAUUGUUCAGAAUUGUAAGAAGAAGGAGAUGGCCACCGGUGAAGAGAGGCAGCCUCUGCUUGACGAGAUCCAGGGUAAAACCUAUCAAACAUCCAUAUAAAUUGUCUGUUCAAUACAUAAAUAAUGGUGCUAAUAAAAUUGCAAAUGAUUUGUGAAAUGACUAUCACACUCUACCUGAUGCCAUCAAAUUGUUUCAUUAUCAUCCACUAAUUCUAUCAAAGUUAAAUUCUAGAUACUGACUAUACCUAACAUUGAGAAACCACAAGGAGUUACUCACUAGUGUAUCUCUUACUAUUGGCUUUUUUCUCUCUAUGUUUAACUUCAGAGCAGCACUCUAAUGCCGUAGGAAUUGCAGAUGCUUGUUUGAACCGAAGAUGAACACUAAAUACUGGAGUUACU